UGUUUAAAUAGUGAGAAGAAUUUUUCUAACAACCAGCUCAACUCAUUUUUUUCUCUACUCCUCAGUAUUCUUUCAGCCAUGGGCUCCCAACUUCCCCAGCUUCACCUCCUCCUUCUUCCGCUAAUGUCCCAAAGCCAUCUCAUUCCCUUCGCAGAUAUGGCCAAACUACUUGCACACCGUGGCGUAAAAGUUACCCUUAUCCUAACACCCCAGAAUGCAGCCCGGUUCAACAAAAUCCUUGAUCACGCAAAUGCCUCGAACCUCAACCUCGAGUUUGUUUCACUACGCUUUCCUUGCCAAGAAGCUGGGUUGCCGGAAGGAUGCGAAAACAUGGACAUCCUCCCUUCUCCGGAUUUAAUACCACAGUUUUUUGAAGCAAGCAACAUGCUGCAAAAACCACUAGAAAAGUGGCUGGGGGAGUUGGCAUCCUGUCCCAGCUGCAUUAUUUCUGACAUUUGUCUUCCUUGGACAUCAGAUGUCGCUCUCAAGUUUAAGAUUCCAAGGCUUGUCUUCCAUGGAAUAUCUUGCUUCGCACUCUUAUGCAGUCAUAACGUAUCUCGCUCUGAGGUGCUCGAGAGAGUCACAUCUGACUCGGAGUCAUUUCUGGUGCCCGACAUGCCAGAUAGAAUUGAAUUCACUAAAGCCCAGCUGCCUGAACCAAUGAAACAAAGUUCGGAUGAAUGGAGACGCCUCAUCGACCAGUUCAUAGAGGCAGAGCUUUCGGCACAAGGGAUAGCGGUGAACACUUUUGAAGAGUUAGAGCCAAGGUACGUGAAAGAAUAUCAGAAAGUGGUUAAGAAGAUUUGGUGCAUCGGACCCCUAUCUUUAUGUAACAAAGCGGUAUCAGAUAAUUUUGACAGGGGAAACAAGUCCUGUAUUGGUGAGCCCGAGUGCUUGAGGUGGCUCGACUCGAUGGAGCCCGCCUCUGUCAUUUACGUUUGUUUUGGUAGUCUAUGUAACUUGACAGAUUCACAACUAGUGGAGCUUGCUUUGGGCUUAGAAGCAUCCAACCGUCCAUUCAUUUGGGUUAUUAGAGAAGGAGAUUACUCUACAGAGUUAGAGAAAUGGCUGGUAGAAGAAAAGAUUGAAGAGAGGAUUGAAGGGAGGGGUCUUAUAAUAAGAGGAUGGGCGCCGCAAGUUCUAAUACUGUGCCAUCCAGGCAUUGGAGGAUUCAUGACGCAUUGUGGUUGGAACUCCACGCUAGAAGGCGUAAGUGCCGGGGUGCCCAUGAUAACAUGGCCGAUGUUUGCGGAGCAAUUCUACAAUGAGAAGUUAAUCGUCCAAGUAUUGGGGAUUGGUGUAAGAGUGGGAGUUGAGGCGUGUGUGCACUGGGGGGAAGAAGAAGAUAAGGGCAGGGUGUUGGUGAAGAGAGAGGAUGUAAAAAAGGCUAUAGAGAAUUUGAUGGAUGAAGGAGAGGAAGGAAAAGAGAGAAGAAAGAGAGCAAGAGCGCUUGAAGGAAUGGCUAAGAGGGCUGUCAGAGAAGGUGGGUCUUCCUACUUGAAUGUGACGUCGUUGAUCCAGCAUAUCGGUGAACAAGUCGGGAUGAUGAGUAAUUGGUAGUUUCUUUAUUUCCUUUUGCACUCGAAACCGAUUUGCUUAAUUUUCAUUACUUGAAAAACUAUUUGAUCUUGAUCAUGUAAGAUAUAUUUAUA